CGCUCUGCAGAGCGGAGCGAUGAGCCCGGCCGAUCGCAGGCAGGGCAAGCGGCGGCGAAGGCGGAGAGAGCGAGGCCCAGAGGGAGGAGUCUCCGGCAACGCCAUCGACGGCCCCACCGCAGCUCCGGGUCCUGGAGCCCUCCGGCUGCUGGCUGCCUUUAUUUUGCUGCAGGAGCCUCCUCUGCAUCGGGAUCCUCGCGCGCUCCCUCCGUCUCUCCAUGCCUUUUAG